AUGGCUAUCCUCAUCUGCGAGCUUUGCAACAAUACACAAGACUUCUAUGAGUUUGGAAGACCUCUCGAGCGCGACGCGCAAGGCCGCAUAGUGCGCGAAGCUGCAUGGACGUUUGACAGCCAGACGGGUCGGUGCGUCAGCGACGGGGGUAGAGAGCCGCGCUAUCAUAUGUGCUUCAACUGCAGUCAACGCGGCAUGUGGGUGUAUUCCACGGAGCCCCCUGCGGCCUCUACGUGGACGCCGUCUGCUGCUCAACGCGCUCGCCACGAAGCUGCUGCUGUGGAGUAUGCGAGUCAAGAAGGAGCUCCACAGCAUGUUUGGAAAGUGGGAUUGGAGGAUGCGGAUGUGCGAGCAGCGGCUACGCUUGCUCAGUUGCCUGUGGUUGCGGUGGAAGGGGUGCCGAGGGCGACUGCAUGA